AUGAGAUUGCUGCUGUUUUCUCUGCUUUUCAUCACCACUUUAAACGCUCGUCUACAUCGCUUAAAACCCAACCGAAAAUUGAAAUGGGAUAUUGCAAAGAAUCCGAAUCAAGGCCCAAUGAAAGCACAACCCGAACAAAUACAUUUAAGUUAUGGCGGCAGUCCAUCAACGAUGUUCGUUACUUGGUUGGCCUUUGACGACACCGGGAAUGGUUUUGUCGAAUGGGGAGAAGGCAGGGCAAUGGAUCGGAAAUCGACGGCCCACGUCUACCUCUUCCAAGACGGUCAAUCAGGCUCAGUUGAUCGAUACAUCUUCCGGGCUGUGCUCACCGGAAUUGAGCCUGGAAAAACAUACCGGUAUCAUGUUGGAUCUCAAUUUGGUUGGAGUGCCAUUUACGAGUUCACGGGAUUGAAGGAAAGAUCGGAGGGUGGCUUCAAAAUGGCCGUUUUCGGUGACAUGGGCAGUCAGAAUGCGCGCUCAUUAGGGAAAAUCCAGGAAAUGGUACAGAAAGGAGAUGUUGAUAUGGUGUUACAUGUUGGUGACAUGGCAUACGAUAUGAACGAGAAUAACAGUGAAAUGGGCGACGAAUUCAUGCGACAAAUCGAGCCGGCAGCCGCCUACAUUCCCUACAUGACAGCGGUUGGGAAUCACGAGAAUAAUCGAAAUUUCACGCAAUAUGUUAAUCGUUUCACGAUGCCUGGCACAGAGAAUGGCUUGAUGUACAGCUUCGACUUGGGCCUUGUGCACUAUAUCGUGAUCUCGACUGAGUUCUACUUUUUCACGAGUUGGGGCUGGGAACAGAUCGGGAAUCAAUGGCGAUGGUUGAGUGAGGAUUUGGAGAAAGCCAACGACAAUCGCCACAACGUUCCUUGGAUAAUCACAAUGGGACAUCGACCGAUGUAUUGCUCAGAUUUCGAUGGAGACGAUUGUACAAAAUAUGAGAGCAUUAUUCGUAAUGGCCUCCCCGAAACGCAUGCAUAUGGCCUUGAGAAACUCUUCUACAAACAUGGAGUCGAUAUCGAAUUGUGGGCGCACGAGCAUUCAUAUGAACGAAUGUUCCCUGUCUACAAUCGAACGGUUUACAAUGGCACCGAUUCUCCCUACGUCGACCCACCAGCUCCCGUUCAUGUGGUCACUGGAUCGGCUGUGAGUGUUAGAAGAAUUUAUUGUCACCAAAAACAAAUAACAUUUGACUAUGAGAUAUCAAUGAGGCAG